CUCUCUAAAUAUUUCUCUCUUUCUCUGUAUGUGUAUUUGUACUUUUAGUUUCUGUGGCGGUGCAGACAAACUGACUCAAAUAAAAAAGAGAUAAGGCUCACUAUUCAAUGUUGGGAAAUGGGUGAACUUGCUUAUGCAUUCAAUUCGCAGACAUACGUAGAGGCGGACCCAAAAUUUUAAUGGACGGACACCACUAUUCUAUUCAGCCAGUACCCUAAAGGCUUUUAGUAUUCAGGGUGUCAAGUGUAUUUAAAUUAAUCAUUUUCAAGAUAAUAUACUUAAAAACGUACAAGAUUUCUAUCGAAGUUUAUGGGUUCCGCUGAAACACAUAGGUUACACAUAGGUCCGCCUCUGCACAAAUAUAUUGAUAGUGUCGCAAUUUAAAGUCGGGUUCAGGAUUUUAACUUGGCAGGUUCGACCUUUAUGUUUUCGCCACUAGACAUAAAUUCAAUUUAUUCAACUAGUGGUUCAGUAGUGGUUUUUUUCAAAUACAUAUCUAUAAUGCCGUGUAAAAGAUACUAGUUUCAGUUGAACCCGUUAAUUAGAUAGGAAGAAUUUGUCUAGUGGUAGUGCAUGAACCUUAGGUUCCAAAGUUGUUAGUGCAACACUUAGACCACCACCCUCUAUAGAGGCAAUCUUCAUUUUUGUAAUUUAGUUUCAACGAUGCAUUGGAUUCUACUCUAUUUGCUUAUUUAUUUAUUUGAUGAUGAUGCCUUAUUCUUGGCCAUUUCGUAGCUUUGUUUCUUAUCUUGAAACGCUUUGUUCUGAAAUAUUUUAUUCAUGUAAAGCCGUUUGUGGAAGAUUGUGAUAUGGACAAAAGGCUGACAUAUCUAAUUUUUGGCUCUUUUUUAUUUGGAUUUUUAUAUAGUAGUUUAAUAUGAACUGAUAUAAAUAUAGCAGAAUUCAACUGGGGUUGCUUUUACCUGGUCAUUUCUUUAGACGUGUACCUUUCAUGGAGGUAUAACUAUAAAAGACUCCAAGAAAGUGUGGAGAGGAGGAGCCCUUUAUUAUCUAAGAGCUGUUUUCCCUUUGUCUUCACUGACCCUUUUCAGAGGCAAUGCCUUUCAGGGAAUUCUUCACUGAAUAUGGUGAAGCACAUCAAUAUGAAAUCCAAGAGGUUGUUGGCAAGGGGAGCUAUGGUGUUGUUGCAGCAGCAGUUGAUACUCAUACAGGAGAGAAGGUAGCGAUAAAGAAGAUCGAUAAUGUUCUUGAGCAUGUCUCUGAAGCCACCCGCAUCCUUAGAGAAAUAAAGCUCCUCCGGUUGCUUCGGCAUCCAGAUAUUGUAGAAAUAAAGCAUAUUCUGUUACCUCCAUGUCCGAGAGAAUUCAAGGAUAUAUAUGUUGUUUUCGAGUUGAUGGAGUGUGACCUUCAGCAUGUAAUUAAGGCCAAUGACAGUCUCACUCCUGAACAUUAUCAAUUCUUUUUGUAUCAGCUUCUUCGAGGUCUAAAGUUUAUGCACACAGCAAACGUGUUUCAUCGAGAUUUAAAGCCAAAGAAUAUUCUAGCAAAUGCAGAUUGCAAGCUGAAAAUUUGUGAUUUUGGGCUUGCUCGGGCAUCAUUUGGAGAAACCCCGUCAGCUAUUUUCUGGACGGACUAUGUGGCAACUCGUUGGUACCGCGCUCCAGAACUUUGCGGUUCUUUUUACUCAAAAUACACCCCAGCAGUUGAUAUCUGGAGUAUAGGAUGUAUAUUUGCAGAAAUGCUUACAAAAAAACCAUUAUUUCCUGGGAAGAAUGUGGUCCACCAAUUGGAUCUGAUUACCGAUUUGCUUGGUUCACCAUCCACUGAAGCCAUUUCAAGGAUUAAAAAUGACAAAGCAAGGAGAUAUUUAAGCAGCAUGAAGAAUAAAUCCCCCAUUCCUCUCUCUCAAAAAUUCCCAGAUAUAGACCCACUAGCUCUAAGAUUACUUGAGCGUUUGAUUGCAUUUGACCCCAAAGAUCGCCCUUCUGCUGAAGAGGCACUAGCACAUCCAUAUUUCCUUGGUUUAGCAAACAAGGAGCACGAACCAUCAGCUCGGCCUAUUUCAAAAUUUGAAUUCGACUUUGAAAGAAAAAAACUGGCAAAAGAGGAUAUUAGAGAGCUCAUCUACAGGGAGAUUUUGGAGUACCACCCUCAGAUGCUGCAGGAGUAUCUUCAUGGCACUGACAAUACCAGCUUUUUGUAUCCAAGUGGGGUCGAUUGCUUUAAGGAACAAUUUGACCUACUUGAGGGGCACUAUGACAAAGGUGGAAAAAAUGUUCUCCAUCCAAGGCGAUAUGCCUCCUUGCCUAGAGAGCGGGUCUAUGUUUCAAUAGACGAGGAAACUGAUCACGAUAGUGAAUUUGAAAGGCAUGUUGAAGCAACUGUUGCUCAUAGAUGCCUUCCAAGCCCCCCAAAGUCACACGAGCUUAACAAAGCUGACACUAGUAAUGAAAAUGUAGAGCUUAGUACAACAAGCAACACUGCACACUGCUUGCUAAGAAGUGCUAGCAUUAGCUUUUCCAAGUGUGUUGGGGCAAUUUGGGAGGACAGUGAGGAUACAACUUUCAAACGGUAUGAUAAUGGGAUUAGUAGAUCGUCCAAGGAGCCAGCAGCAUUGUUUGCUUGACUUCUUAUUCUGGAUGGAUGAGCUGGUGCUAGAUAGAUUUCUGGUAAGUGACACUUGCUAGAAUGUAACUGUAGGUGUUCUAUUAUUCAAUGUAUUAGAAACAAUCGACAGUUUGGCUAUCAAGAUCAGCCCAUUUCUUCUGUAUGACGUUCUAGGCGUCGUCCUUUAGCCCUCUGCUAGUUUUAUAUGCUUUGACAGCAUCUUCAAAUGCCUGAGCAACUGUUAUUGAUGUAUAUAUAGUCCACUCCAUUUUAUUUUCCGAAAAAUUGUAGUUGUUCUUUGUCUUCUCUUUUUCUUAGAGAGAGGUGAAGUUGUGUAAGUCUUGCAUCCUCUAUGCAGAACUUGGCACCUAUUAUUCAAGAUUUUAAUUUUUCAUGAUUUUACAUGAAGAUUUGGAUUUGAGCAAGUGUCUUUUUCUUUUUUGAGA